UCUUCGUGUCAUUGUUCUUGUGUAUACAAUGUGAUCUUUUUAAAAAUGUCGAUAACCGGUUUUGAACGAUUAUCGUUAAGAUGGCACGGGAAGUGCUCCUGCUCUAAACUACAAACUUUGAACACUUCAGAAAUAGAUGAUAACUUUUGGUCAACACUUUGCCAUUACAUUAGCUGCUCAACAGCACAAGGCCAAACAACAGGCACCGGAACAACACCACGAGCAACAAAACCACCAACACGACACUUCGCCGGGUGGAGUUAAUAUUCUUUUGGGAGGAGUAAUGAUGAGCAGCAUGGUAAUGUUUAUCCUGUGGAUGUGUUACUGUUGCCGAUGGAAAGACAAUAAGUUUGAUUCGUCGUCGUGUGAUGAUCGGCCGCAACCUUUUUGGAUCGACAUCAACUCCAACGCUUACUAUGAAGCGCUACAGUGGUCCUUGCAACAGGAUUGUUGCGAGAUACCGGAAACAUAUUUUGCACCAAACACAAUGCAAGAGACUCCGCCAAGAUACGAAGCGGUCAUCACGCCACCGCCUAGAUACGAUGACGUGAUAAAAGAAUCGUACACAAAGAAAAAAACCAUUUUCGAUAUCACAGAACAAAAUAGAAUGCACACUAUUUGAGACCACGCAGUCGUCAAACAAUCAUUUUCUUUUAUUUAUUUAUAAAUAUAAAAAUUUGUCACUAGGAAUUACAGGGACAUAGAAAAUUGUCAACAAACCCAUUAACUCGUGUUUUCUACAGUUUAAUUUUUUUUUGUUGAAAAAAUAAAAAUAACACAAAUGUUACUUAUUAUUAUAAUUAUUAUACGAAUAUCGGUAAAAGGUCCAAAUAAACUUGACAGAACUCCACAGGACCGUUUGAUAAUUAA